CGCAUGCGCGCCAACUGUCAGUCGAACCACAAACUAGAACUGCUAUAACCACGCGCCCUCUAACGCAAGAUUUUAAUUUUUUUUACGACUUUAAAUACAGCUAACUAAUGUCGUACACUAAAGUAAUACCAGGUCUAGUCAGGGCAAAUUCUGACAAUAUCAAGAGAAUAUGCUUGUCUCAGGGGAGAUUUCGGUCCACGAUCGCAUCCAAGCAACGUAAGGAGGUUGAAGGAGGGAAAGAAGAGCAGCAACUUGUUGAGUGCACCGUGGUGAAAGCUGUUCAAGCAGACCUCAUCAGCCAAACAAAAAAUAACACCGAUGCUCAAACACGGAAGAUCGCAAUCGACUUUGAUAAUACACAUGAAGCGUAUAAAAGUAAAGAUAACAUUGAGCUGCUUAGAAGUCUGUUGGUCUUCAAGCUUUGCACAUUCGACUUCCUCGUUGACAAGAACAAGGAGUUGAUGGACCUCACCAAGAAGGUGUUUGGCAAGCGGCUGUUUGAGASGCUGAUGAAGAUGACGUUCUAYGGGCAGUUUGUGGCUGGRGAGGACCACAACUCCAUCAAGCCUCUGAUCCAUAAGAACCAGGCCUUUGGCGUGGGGUCAGUCCUAGAUUACAGUGUGGAGGAGGACCUGACGCAAGAGGAGGCAGAGAAGAAGGAGAUGGACUCCUGUGUGUCUGAAGCUGAGAAAGAAAGUCCAGUKCCAGCUGGAGAACACUUUGUAAUGCAGGAACAUGACUACAGCGUUGACCACCGUGAGAAGAAGUACAAGGCCCACCGUCAGUUUGGGGACCGUCGUGGGGGCGUGGUCAGUGCCAGGACCUACUUCUAUGCUGACGAGGCCAAGUGUGACGCCCAGAUGGAGACCUUCCUGAACUGCAUCAAAGCGUCAGGGGGGGCAUCUGUAGAUGGAUUUUCUGCCAUUAAGAUGACUGCCUUGGGCCGCCCACAGUUUCUGCUCCAGUUCUCAGAGGUGCUGGUGAAAUGGAGGAGGUUCUUCAACCUCCUAGCAGCACAGCAGGGGAAGUCUGGCAUGGAUGCACUGGAGCAGAAACUGGAACUGGAACAGCUGAAGGAGAGUUUGACUAAGCUGGGUGUUGGAAAUAAAGACGAGAUUGAGAACUGGUUUACUGGAGAGAAACUGGGCUCAUCAGGAACAAUAGACCUCCUGGACUGGAAUAGCUUGAUCAACGACAGAACAAAGAUCUCAAACCUGCUCGUCAUUCCCAACGUUGAGAAUGGUCAGCUGGAGCCUCUGUUGAGGAAGUUCACUGUUGAAGAGGAGAAACAGAUGAAGAGGAUGCUGCAGAGAGUGGAUGUUCUGGCCAAGCAUGCGGUGGACAACGGGGUGAGGCUGAUGGUGGACGCUGAGCAGACAUACUUCCAGCCGGCCAUCAGCAGACUGACCCUGGAGAUGCAGAGGCUCUUCAACAGAGAGAAGCCCAUCAUCUUCAACACCUACCAGUGCUACCUCAAGGAAGCGUAUGACAAUGUGUCUGUGGACGUGGAGCUGUCCCGGCGUGAGGGCUGGUACUUUGGGGCCAAGCUGGUUCGCGGAGCCUACAUGUACCAGGAGAGGAGCAGAGCGGAGGAAAUCGGUUAUGAGGACCCCAUCAACCCAGAUUACGAGGCCACCAAUAGAAUGUACCACAAGUGUUUAGAGUUUGUGUUGGAGGAGAUCGACAACAACAGAAAGGCUAAUGUCAUGGUGGCGUCACACAACGAGGACACUGUCAAAUUCACCCUGGGAAAGAUGAACGAGAUGGGUCUGUCCCCCACUGAGAAAAAGGUCUAUUUUGGACAGCUGCUCGGCAUGUGUGACCAGAUAAGCUUCCCUCUAGGCCAGGCUGGAUUCCCAGUGUACAAGUACGUCCCCUACGGCCCAGUCAACGAGGUCAUCCCCUACCUGUCUCGCCGUGCCYUGGAGAACAGGGGCUUCAUGAAGGGAUCCCAGAGGGAGCGCAGCCUGCUGUGGAAGGAGCUCAAACGCAGGCUGCUCAACGGACAGAUCCUCUACAAGCCUGUGUACUGACUGAGCUGACUGACUGAGCUGCCUGACUGUCUGGCACACCAGCACUCUGCCCCUUUAAAACAUUCCAGUGUCUUAACUGAACCUGCCCUGGUCACAAUGGAGGAACCYUAACUGCCACUUAAAUGGAAUUUUCACAUAGUCAUGCACUGAUAUCAAUGGGAGACUAAAGUGAAAAUUUGACUUAAAGUAAGUGGAAGUUAGUGUUUACCCCUGUGGCUUUAGAAUGUACUGUAGAUAGGUGUGUCUAGUACUGAGAUAUGAUCCUAAUGCCAAGUGACCCUCUACCUACCUUUUGCUCUAUUUAUUGCUGUUGAAAGUGUCCUUAUUAUAUACGAUGAUCUAUAUCCACUGCUUUUGUCAUGGUUCAGUGGCUUGCGAAAGUAUUCACCCCCGUGGUAUUUUUCUUAUUUUGUUGCCUUAUAACCUGGAAUUAAAAUUGAU